AUGCAUUUUUCCAAAGCUUUGGUAGUAGCUACUGCUACUCUGACUACACUUGCUGCUUCGGCCAGUUUGGAUGUAUCCAAGGGAACCGAUAUCAUCCCUCCUGAUUCAGAAGAAGCUGCUAAGCUCACUAACUCUGACAAGGCCGUCAAGACCGCUCCUAAGGACAAUUCAUAUGUUGACGGACUCGAGUCGGACAAUUUCAAGAAACCCGAGCCAAAGAAUACUAAUGGCGAUUUGGACGUACCUGACACUGAAUCGCUCAGCGCACUUAAAGAAGUCAAGGUAGCUGCAACUGAUGACCAUCCUGUAGUGUUGGAAGACUACGAUCCUAAUAAUCUUGGUCUUCCUGCUGAUAAAGUCAGUGAAAAAGAGGCAUUAAAAGAGGCUGCCAAAGGAAAGGGUGGCAAGGGAAAGAAGGAGGAUGCAAAGGAUAAAGCUGUAGAUACCAAACAGACGACUGGUGAUGCCAGUAGCAACAAAAAUACUGGUUCCAGUGGAAGCAGAUCUGGUAGCAGUGGAAGCGGUUCUGGAAGCAGUUCUGGUAGCGUCAGUGGUAGUGGUAAUAGUGGAUCUAGUGGCAGCACCAGCGGCAGCAGUGGUAGCAACAGUGACAAUGUAGAUAAAAGUGGUAGUACUAGUACUACUGCUAGUGGUACUUCUGGUGGUAUUGGAGCUGUGGCCGGAUCUGAGAAACAGGCUGAUUCCAAGGCUGUUAGCGGAUCUGGCUCGAGUUCUAGUUCUGGAUCCAGUUCCGGGUCCAGUUCCAACACCGAUUCCAGUUUGUCCAAUGCCAAGUCUGAGUCUAAAUCAGAGAGUGGAUCUGGAGGAGAUUCCCGUAAAACAGUGGGUUCAUCGCCAUUCCAUUCGUUUUCCAUGGCUGGUAGUAUGAUUAUUUUCUCUGAAAUCGGUGACAAGACCUUCCUGAUUGCUGCAUUGAUGGCCAUGAAACACCCCCGAGUGACUGUUUUCACUGCUGCUUUUGCUUCUCUCGUGGUUAUGACUGUUCUAUCGGCCCUUAUGGGUCAUGCAUUGCCAUCCCUGCUUCCUAAGAAGCUGACUAGUCUGCUUGCUGCUGGCUUAUUCAUUGUAUUUGGUAUCAAACUCCUUCGCGAGGGUCUUGCCAUGGACAGCAGUAUUGGAGUAGAAGAAGAACUCGAAGAAGUCGAGACAGAGAUCGAAGCAAAGGAAUUGUCUCUUCGUAACGACGAGUUGGAAAGUGGUACUCGUAAAGACGGGUCUGAUCUCCGUAGAUCCACCAGUUCACCCAAGGUUUAUGACGAUGGUCUUGAAAAGGGUUCAUCUGGCAUUCCUUUCUACAACGGUCGGGGUCACCACCGACCAGCAGCAUCCACCUGGAGCCAAUUUGCCGAGGGUGUUGGCAAUCUCGCGUCUCUUGUUCUAUCUCCUGUUUGGGUCCAAGUGUUUGUCAUGACCUUCCUCGGAGAAUGGGGCGACCGUUCACAAGUAGCCACUAUCGCCAUGGCUGCGGGCUCGGACUACUGGUUCGUCAUCCUCGGCGCCAUUUUCGGCCACGCCAUCUGUACUCUGGCUGCCGUUGUCGGCGGCAAACUGCUUGCCUCCAAGAUCUCGCUCCGCCACAUCACCCUCGCCGGAGCCGUCUCGUUCCUGGUCUUCGCCAUUGUUUACUUCCGCGAAGGACUCACUCUCACGUGGUCCGACCAGUAG